AUGAAGCGGUUGCCACCAUCGCUGUAUGUGAGCUGUUACUACCGAAGCUACAGCUGCAGGACUGCUGCUGGUGGUAGCGGCGAUAUGCUGCGGUGUCGCAUAAGUCCGGUGCCGUCUGCUCGAACUUCCGGCGUAGUUUGUGGUAUAGGCAGCAACCCACCACCUGGUGCGUCGAGGGAAAGGCUGAUCUCGUUCUCUCCCUCUCCUUUGAUCGCACAGUGGCAGCAACGACGCCACAUGCACGAUGCGGCUAUUGCACCGGCACUGCAAUCACACAAUGCCGCCACCGUGGCGGCGAUUACGGAUGACCAGAUCAGUGGCAGUCUUCUAACUGCGUCACCUGAGCCAUCAAGUGUGUGCACUCCAUCUUCCUCCACCGCCAACACGUCGGGCUCGACUGAUCACACGCCGGAAAGUUUGCUUCUGACACAGCUGCAGAUGCUCGCUAAGCAGGACCAUGGAACUCCAACAAGCGACCGCGGCAAGGGGGUUGUCGAUAGCGGUGCCACAGGGGCAGACGUGCCGGUGUUGUCAAAGUCGGCCGGUCCAUUGGCAGCUCUUGCAAGCGACGCUGACAUGUGCGCCAGCGGCAGUCCGGACGACAGCACCUUAGCCUCCUCGCAUAACGAUGUACCAGCCUGGCGGCGAGGGCUUGAGCUCGUGCAGACCGCCUCGUGCGUUACUGCGGCGGUCACGGAGUGGCUUCUGUUUCUGUGUCUGCGUAGUCACCAAUCCGCGACCGAUGCCGCCGAAUCGCUAACCGCGGCACCGUUGGAGGUGUGCGAAGGCGUCUACAGCGCUUGGAGGGAGCUGCAUCGAGGGCAGAAGACGGAAAGCGACGUGGCAGCAGCAGCAGCAGCAGAUGUAGCUAACGCCGUUGCAGUGUCAACAUCAGCACAUCAGCUGCAACCCUCUUCGCCGCUAAUGUCGGACUCACCUUCCUCGGCUCGAGCUCAUCUGCCGCGCCACCGCUCCCCUUUCAGCCCUAAAGGUAUCCAUCAUCACUACGCCACGUAUCUCCUGCGUGAGCUUCACCACGCAGAGACGGCCGCCGUGUCGCACACGGCAACGCGCAAGGGAAGCAGCGGCACCCAUGGCGACGGCAAUGAUUGUAAAGCGCUGAUGCCCACUAAGGACUCGGACGCAGCACACGCGGCGCCGACGCAUCGCAUGCGCUACCUGCUUCACAGGGUGCUGGAGGUUCUCCUGGUACAUCUCCCACAAGACCUGGCGGCGGCGGCGGCGGGUUCGGCCGCGAAGACAGCGGAACCAACGUGUGGCGUGAAACGCAGACGCUCGCAGCAGCGCCAGCCUUCUCUCCGCCCUACAACGGCCUUGCUGGUGCUAGAAGCGGCGCGCCACGCAGCGUCAUUCCACAGGCAAUCAUCAACGCUGAGCAGUGUUGGUCCGUCUGGCAACUUUUCACUGCUCUCUUUCCUGCGGGAGACGGCGCAUGGCACAGGCUCGCCGCCAGACGCGCCGGCGGCGUCACCUUCGCCGACCCACUCCGCACUCGCGGCAGUGGCGCGCGAGGCCUUCGAGACUAUUAUGAGAAGCUCAGCGACGGCGCCAACUGACACGUCUGCGGCUGCUUCGCAGCAGCAACAUCGCCUGCAGAAUGACGCGCUGGUUCUUUACGUGGCCUUCCUCGCGACCAUCUGCAUGCCUCCCAUGCCAGAGCGUUGCCUUGAAGUCGAACUGCAGGUCAUUGAUAGUUUUGUGCUAGCUGGCUCACCUACGGCCCGCCAAGUUGGCGGGCCGUCACCGCACCAGCAGCAGCAGGCGGUAAGCAGCAGACCACCGCGAUCCCUCGUCAGCGCGGAUCGAGCGUCUCGUGAUGAAAGCGGGUCUGCAUCCAGUGCGUCAGCUCUGGCAACAGCUGCCGGUGUGCGGUGGCUGAUGGCCACGUAUCUAAGCCCGUCGGCGUCGUCGGCGUCGUCGGCGUCGUCGGCGCCCGUCUCAGGGCCAAGAGCGGAAGCCAGCCGCCGUCAGUGGGACUUAACGCGCGAUGCCGUCGUGGCUGCGCUGUGCCGGCCGAACUCAUUGCUCAUGUCGGGCAGUUGCGAGCCUUCUUCAGUCGCUCCUGUUCACAACCAAGGUGUGUGUGGCGUGCCGUCGAGUGCUCCGCCGGCACCACUGCCGUGGUGUGCGUGGAUGCUGCGCGCGCUUCUCCUCGACGAUGCUCAUCAGCAACAGAAGUCGGGGUCGGGAACAGCGUCUUUGGGCGGUGGACUACGUAGCGACACCGACGAGAUGUCGACGCUGGCAUUGUCGAUUCAGUUGGUCAUGGAACUCCGGCGCCACUCCCAAGCGACCCUCACCUGUCACGGGAGUCCGCGGUGGGAGGAACAUCGGCAGCAUCGCCUCGAUACGCUGUUGCGCCGGCCGCUGCAGCUGGUUUGGGCAACGUUGCUCGAUGCCGCAGUGCGAGGCCAGCUUAUCCCCGCCAACUCUUGCAGCGUCGCUGCUGACAACGGCGUCGCGACACAGCACAGCGCACGGGCAGGUUCUUGUCCUCAUGGUAGUACGCCGGCCGUGUUGCAGAGGCUGUGCUACCCGCACUACGAUAAGACGCAGUGGCGCCGUGGGACGGUUAACCUCUACAUGCAGCUUCUCGACCAAUGGGGCGAGUCAACGCAAGUGCGGCAGGUAUUUGCGGCGGUUGCGCGGCGCGAGCGCGAGUGGCAGCUGGAGGUGCGCGAGGCUGUGCUGGCGGAGCGCCGGGGGCUCGUCAGUGCUGGUGAAAAAGUCGGUGGCGGGGACGAGGAUGACUCCAGAAGCAUAGGCGACAGCGAGGCAGAGGGGCUCAGCACGGCGGAGGGCCAGGCGGCAGCGUCCACAGCCAGAGCAGACUCACACAAGCCUAUGGUGGUGAGGGUCUUCCGUCGCUAUCGCCCCGCUCUCAACCUCGAGUCGUGCCUCAUCACACUGCGUCACUGCGGCUUCCCUAGACGAGUUUUUGCGGAGCUGUGGGACGGGCCGGCGAGUGCCAAGGAUGCCAGCGAGGGCACCGAUGGUACUCCUGCUGCUGCGGCACAAGCUAAACUCGCAGGUGAGGUGUUGCAGUACAUGAUCGGCUUGCUGCACGUGGCGGAGCGCAGGCCGCACCGCGCCGCGCCCAGUGGCGGUGGUGCAGAUGCGAACCGUGAACAGGAGAGCCGGGGCGAUGGCACGAAAACCCCGCACGCGCUGUCGACUGAUGGUGGCCCCGGAGCAAACCUGGGGGAUAGCACUAUGGAGGCAGAUGGCCUGCCGGUGUCGCACUGGGUGGCGUGGAUACGCAAGUCCUGUGUGCCGACGUUAGCACACCUCUAUCAAUCGGCCGGGCUGGAGGAUGAGUGGGCGCAGCUGGGCUACGGUCACGAGUAA